AUGUCAUCGUCCGUUCAUUUCAAAUUCAAGUCCCAAAAGGAGCCUUCCCGGGUCACCUUUGACGGUACUGGUAUUUCUGUUUUCGAACUCAAGCGAGAGAUUAUCAGCCAAAGUAGAUUGGGUGACGGAUCUGAUUUCGAACUAUCUAUCUACAACGAGGACAACGGAGAAGCUUAUGACGAUGAUACGACCAUUAUUCCACGAUCAACCUCGGUCAUUGCCCGCCGAUUGCCUGCAGCUCGACCCGGCAAAGGCGGCGCCGCUCGAUAUGUCUCCGGGAAAAUGCCCGUCAAUGCCCGCAACGCCUCUCGCAUCGAACCGUCCACCACUCGCGCUGCACCUGGAGGGGCUCGUGCAGUCAGCAAUAACGUCUUGGAGCUGAACAAUGCGCAAACGGAAGAAGAAAAGAUCAAUGCUCUCAUGAACCUGCAGGCCAGUCAAUGGAAGGAACAACAGCAAGAGAUGGCCAAUGCAACCCCAGUUCCAUUCGGCCGCGGCCGCGGCAAACCCGUCAAUGUCCCCAAUCACCCUCCUCCGCCUGGCUACUUGUGCUAUCGCUGCCGAGAGAAAGGUCAUUGGAUCCAGGAGUGUCCAACUAACGACGAUCCCAAAUACGACGGCAAAUACAGGGUCAAGCGAUCCACCGGCAUCCCGCGAUCUCUCCAGCUUUUGGUAGACAAGCCCGAGUCUCUGGCGCCCGAUGGAUCCACCGACGAUUCACGAAACACCGGAGUCAUGGUGAAUGCCGAUGGAGACUUCGUCAUCGCGAAGCCGGAUAAGGCAGCCUGGGAACUUUACCAGGAAAAGGCGAAUGCAUCAGCGGCGGCUGCUGCCGAGGCCGCUGCCGCGGAGGAGAGCAAGGCUCUGCAAGCUAAAGGUCUGGAGUGCCCGAUUGACAAGCGGAUGUUUUUAGAGCCAACAAAGACACCAUGUUGUCAGAGGACCUAUUGCAAUGAUUGUAUCUCAAAUGCCUUGAUUGAAAGUGACUUUGUUUGCCCGGGAUGUUCCACUGAGGGUGUCCUUCUUGAUAACCUUAUUCCUGAUGAAGAGGCUGUUUCCAAAAUCAAAACUUACGAGGCGGAGAAGGCCGAGGCUAAGAAAGAAAAGGAGAAGCAAGCUGCUGCUAGUCAAGAAGCAGCGACAGUUAAUGAGGCGGAAAAUAAGGAGACUGCUACCGCUCCCAAGGAAAAACAAUCUACUCCUCGUACUGAGACGGACGAUGCUGCAUCAACACAGUCAAGGAAAAGGCCCGCUGAAAAUGAUCUAACUCCAGAGUCAGCAGAUGCAAAUGCGAACUCCGACACUGCGGCGAAGAAACCACGCAGUGACAACCCGCCCGACGCAUCCAAUGCCAGUGUCGAUGGUAAUGCCAAGGACAGCCCAGCCGAAGCUGCAAUUCCCCCCUUCAACGGCCAGCAAUUACCAUUCACUGGACCCGGCAUGAUGCCCCCAUUCUCCAAUUCCGGCUUCGGCAACGACGCGAUGGGCUUCAUGAACCCCAUGGCCAUGGCCAACGGCUUUCCCAAUAUGGGUCCCGGUGGAUGGAAUAUGCCCAAUAUGCCCAAUAUGCCAUUCAACCAAAUUCAACCUGGCAUGUUUGGCGAUCAAUCGAACGGGUUUCCCAACAUGUUCAAUGGCGAUCCGUCCAUGGGUAUGGGAUUUCCCCCCAUGGGCCAAAUGCCCCCGAUGCCAAAUGGCGGAUUCCCCGGUCCAAACAUGGGCAAUUUCUCUAACCAGCAACGGACUUCGUUUGGUGGCCCUUACUCGCAUCAAGAGGACUCGCCGUAUUUUCGACAGCCGGUGAAUCCUCAGCGUCACCAGGCGAGAAAUCGCAGGGUGAGACCGAGUGAUUAUCGGGAACUCUGA